AUGGGGAGGCCGGGCCGCGCCCCCGGGGGCGUGGCGUGGCGUGGCGGCGCCUGCAUAUGCUGGCGAUGGAGGCGGACGGGCAGGGCUGCAGCGGCGGAGCGGAGCGGCUGCACACUCUCCCCGGCGCCUUGGCUGGCCAUGGCUCUCCCCGACGACGGGCCCCGCUCGUACAGCAGCGCCGAGCUGCGGCAGCGCUGCGCCCAGGGCGCCUGCCUGGUGCUCAGCGAACGCCGCCUCUACGACCUGACCCCCUUCGUGCGCCUCCACCCGGGCGGCGAGCAGCUGCUCCAGGAGCGGGCGGGCACCGACAUCCGCGACGCCCUCGACGGCCCGCCGCACCGGCACUCGGACAACGCGCGCCGCUGGCUCGAGCAGUACUACCUGGGCGACCUGAGCGACCCCGAGCCAGCCGCCGCCGCCGCCGAAGCCACUCCGGCUAUCAAUGCGAGCAAUGUUGGGAAGGAAGUGGCUGCGGUGGCAGAAAGACAGGUUGCUUACCUGUAA